AAAUAAAAACCCUAGCUCACUCAUCGCUCACAUCGUCUCUCCCCCUAUAUUUGUAUUGCCUUCUCCGAGUUUCUGCUGCUUCGCCUUCUCUACACACUCUCAUACCACAAUGGCGUCGGAGAAGAAGCUGGCAAAUCCCAUGAGGGAAAUCAAAGUCCAGAAGCUCGUCCUCAAUAUCUCUGUCGGAGAAAGUGGUGAUCGACUCACCAGAGCCGCCAAGGUCUUGGAACAACUCAGUGGCCAAACCCCUGUCUUCUCCAAAGCUCGGUACACGGUGCGAUCCUUCGGUAUCAGGCGUAAUGAGAAGAUUGCCUGCUACGUGACUGUGAGAGGCGACAAGGCAAUGCAACUUCUGGAGAGUGGACUGAAGGUCAAGGAAUACGAGCUCUUGCGCAGGAACUUCAGUGACACCGGCUGCUUCGGCUUCGGUAUUCAGGAACAUAUCGAUCUUGGGAUCAAGUAUGACCCUUCAACUGGUAUCUAUGGCAUGGACUUUUUUGUUGUUUUAGAGCGCCCAGGAUACCGUGUUGGUCGUCGUCGCAGAUGCAAGUCGCGUGUUGGAAUUCAGCACAGGGUUACCAAGGAGGAUGCAAUGAAGUGGUUCCAGGUCAAAUAUGAAGGGGUCAUUCUUAACAAGUCCCAAAAUAUUGUUAACUAGACAGAUCUACUAGUCUUGGAUAUUUUGUUUUAGUUUUGGCAAGCUGCUACUUUCUACAAAUUUCUAUGUAUCAGGAGUUAGUAUCUCCAUUAAAGAGAUGUGCCAGUAAUUUUGAUCUUGAAAACUUGAUGAUGUCCUCUUUUUUCGACUCUUGUUGCUUAUAUGGAGCAGCCGUUAUUUCUGUCAGCAAA